AUGGGAACAACGUCGGCUCUUCUCAGGUCACCCGAGUUCGUCCUGGAAGAUGGUUCUUUGCUAUCGGCCACGCCGUUUGACCCCCUUCUUAUUUUUCUUUCUCUCCUUCAUCAGCAUGCAUCCGAAGUUUUCGUGCCUUUUUCUCAACUGAUAUCCCAGUGCGACUAUUCGGAUGAAGUCCGCAGAAACCUUACGUGGGUCUCAUCCCUCCCGGCUGUGGCGAAACGUAUCUCCUUAGUUGCGGAUAUCCGCAGGGCCUGCAGUUCAACAAGAGAGGCCAAUGCAGCACAACUGGGGGGAGAUUUGAGCUGUUCAAGUGAUGCUGAGCGUGCUCUUCAGUUCUGUCGUCUGAAUCUGCAGAAGGCCGUUGCGUAUCUUCAGGUGAAGCACGCGAAGCUGCGUGAUACCAUCCUUGCGCUACGAUUGCCUUUCAGGGAGUGUGCUGUGUGUGUGGAGAAGGUGCAUUACAGUCCCCGCACUACAGGCGGUAAUGAAUCUAAUCAGACGCAAAUAAGAAAUCGGACGAGCACGAGACUGGGAACAGGCGGAGAACGUGUGACUUCCCGCGGCGUUACUGGCCACUGUGAAAUUGAUACCUCAGCUGCAGACCGACUUGCAGAGGAGAUUCUAAGCGGAUAUCUCCCUAAGUGUCUGUUUACUGCUUUCAAAGAGCGGCGUCAGAGCGAAGGCUGCUUACAGACGACUAAAUCCACGGAGCUGCAAAAGGAGACCAGCUGCGGAUUCACAACUCUUGCGGUUGGCGGUGAUAAAAUGUUAUCCACGCUUGCACUUUGCAGUCCGGAUCCUUUGUCUUCAAGCUGCGAAGCACGAAGAGGAAAGCGUUCGGCGCCUCCGGCUGCCGCUGCUGAGCAAGCCGGAUGCCCCCGCGAGAGCAGUCAGCCCUCAGAGGAGUUGCAUGAUACGGUUGUGCAACGGAGGAAACGGAUUAAGCAUGAUGCAGACAACGACCGUCGAAAAGCUUCACCGGCGCGCGUGCGUGAGAUGCCCAGCGAGCCGCAUGGGUGUCCUAAUAGCGAGAAUACGUCUUCGGGAUAUGCACCGGAGAGGAGUCCACCUCCACAAGUGAUAGAGAAAGAAGCAGGAGUCGCACAUGUCGGAGCUGAAGAGCCCUCUACCUCUGCUCUACAUGCGAAUAUGGAUGAUAUGCAGUCUGCAAAUCCGGAACCCCGGAAAUGCGACACCGCAGGGUUGGGCGCGGCUAACGGGGAGCGUAAAGCCAGAGCAAAGAAACACCCCAAAGCUGUUGCCCGCGCUCCACACCAGGCCCUAAUUAGUUCGUUUUUCAGGAAAAAAGCAUAA